AUGGUGAAUCCAUCACUCUACAUCCUCCCCUUCAUUCCGCUGGCGAACGCAUGGACGUUCCUCUACACCAACGCCACCGAUAAUGCCACAAUCUUCCACCAAACCGGUACACAAAAUUGUACAGCAAUCGACCUCGCGAAGGGAAAGGAAUUCUCAUGGGACCCGGAGAACUCGAAUCUGUGCAUCUCAAUCUACUACGAUGACACAUGCAUGAACCGCGGCGGAAUAUCUUGUCCGGCGUGGAAGAAGAACUCCUCAAACAACUUCCACGGCAUCCAAAUCUUCACAAACGAUGACGCUGCCUCGGCCUCAAUAUCACCGGCUCCUACGCAGACAAUAUUCACCUCAGCCUCCCUAUCUUCUACAUCAACAUCAUUGACAACAGGUACCUCAGCUGCAGGUACUUCCGCUGGCUCAUCUACCUCCUCACUAUCCAGCGGAGCCAUCGCGGGAAUUGCCAUCGGGGUCGUCGCAGCAAUCCUAUUAAUAGGAGGUUUACUCUUUUUCAUCGGUCGAAUGAAUCGCAAGAAUGCUACGCCAGAGUCGCCUGCGCCUAAAGGUCCCUAUAAGCCGACACUGGCAGAUAUGCAAUCUGCAGUCCCUCCGCAUGAGUUUGCGAUGGGCACUGGCAAUUCUGAGAAGAUGCCGCCAUCUUCAAGAGGUCGUCCUGUGCCCGGGUCGAAGGUUGUCGAGCUUCCGGGUGAUUACCGGACUGUUGAGCUUGAGAAUAGUCCUGUUAGUGAGAUGGAUGUUCAUACGGCGGAUGUGAAGUUUAAUCGCUUCUAG